CGAGCCCGCAUAAUAAGGAAGAAGGAAGCAGUUAACCACCUGUCUGCUCGUCUGCACACAUGUAGCCUAACCUGCUGUAUUCUUUGGUCUGUGCGUGUUGUUUGUCACCAUGUCUUUUAUGAAAACAACUGUCAAGCUGUUAGGCGUCUGCACAGUCAGCGUCCUGGUCGUGCUGAUGCUGCGGAACUGGAUGGCCGCCAAGCAGUACGUUUUUAGCAAAGAAGAUGUCGCUAAGUUGGCCAAGCAGUACGCAGGGCAGGACCAUGAGCAGGCUUUCUCUAAAGUAGUGGUGGAGCUCAGGAAGAGGUAUCCAGGUCACAUUCUUCCAGAUGAGGACUUGCAGUGGGUGUUUGUGAAUGCUGGAGGCUGGAUGGGCUCCAUGUGUCUCCUCCAUGCCUCCCUCACAGAGUAUUUGUUGUUAUUUGGUACUGCGGUGGACACUGGAGGACACUCGGGACGAUACUGGGCUGAAAUCUCCGACACCAUCAUCUCGGGUACUUUCAGGCAGUGGAAGGAGGGGACUACCAAGAGUGAAAUGUACUAUCCAGGUGACACUAUUGUUCAUGAAGUGGGCGAAGCCACAUCGGUCCAGUGGAGCGCUGGGACAUGGAUGGUGGAGUAUGGUAGAGGCUUCAUCCCCUCCACGCUUGGCUUUGCUCUGGCAGACACCCUGUUCAGCACCCAGGACUUUGUCACCAUGUUCUACACUGUACGCGUCUACGUAAAGGCUCUGGUGCUCGAGGCCGGCACACUGCUUACAGAGGCUGGAGUUGUUUGAGAGGCAGAAGAUGGAUUGACUGGGACAUCAACAUUUUGUCCACAAUUAAAAUCUGUUUUGAGGA